GCCGGCCUGAGGCGAGGGGCCACAGGCCUUCGGCGUCCCCCGGCAUGGAGGGGCGAAGGGGGAAGGGAAGGACGGGGAGCGCUGACCCCGUGGCCUGGCCCCGGGGCCAGUGGGGGACUCGCGUAAAACCGGGCCCCCCUUAUAUUUUUGUUUUUCGCCAAGUGAGCCUUGAAAUCCUGAGCCCUGGAAGCGGGUCCGGCCCUUGCCCCGCUUCCUGAUACUGUUUUAAGUUGGGCUUUCCCUUUCCCUUCAGCUAUAUGCAGUUAGAAAAUAAAUUUAUUCGAAUGCAUCAAUUUACCCGUUUUGAAAGUUAGUUAUUAAAAUUCCCAGAUUGAAGUGACAGCGAGUGCCCGUAACACCACAAACAAAUAAUAUUUCAGCAUUUGGGGGAGACCACCUUAUAAACGUUGUGGCUUUAUGGGAGCUAACUGACUGGUUACGUUUGCAGGAUAUGGACUGUGGAAUUUGCCUUGUAGCUUCUGGUUGCCUUGUUAUACAUAAAUUGCACAAAGUUUAUGGAUAAAAAUAAAGAUGCCAUAUGCAGUUAGGGCAGCAGUGGGAUUAUCUGCAGGAGCUGAGAGUCUGUGCUUGCCCUUGGGGAAGAUUUGAAAGCACAAAUGCUAAAAGGUAUUGAGGGCAAUUUGCCUGUUAUUUUCAUGAGUAUGGACUACCAUGAGAAAGUGAAUACUGUCUGGCAUUUCAUGCUUAUUCUUGCAUUAGGUGUGUGGCAGGACUGUUGAGUGUAAUCCAGUCAAGAACAUAGCCUGGGCUGCGAGGGGUCUGUCCACAAAGGUUUGAAACCAUGUCUGCACAAGAGGAUAAUUUAAUUUAAUUCAAAAAAAAAAAAAAAAAAAAAAUUACUUGGCAACUGUUGCAGUUUUUAUGACUGAAGCAGGAAAAAAGUGUUAAUGUGCUGAGGUAUAUCCUGCUGUUAUGGCUGUUCAGGAGGAGUUUGUAGAUAAGAACAGUGCUUCCUGCCCAGCUUUCCUGCGGUUCACCCGUGGGCUGCCGGCUGCCUGCCUGUCCAGGUGUUCUUCCCAGCAUCCCAAGUCCCUGACCAGGAGGAGUACUCAGCAUCCUGUGUGGUAGUCAAGCACCAUUUGGUCGUGUAAAAAAGGAGAGUAGACUCGUUUUCAGCAUGGUCUGUCCUUCCCUCGCUGGUGUGGACGUAAGAUAAAGGGUGAAUUUUCUCCUUGCAGUGUUCCUAAUCUUAAAUAGAUCUGUUAGCCAGCGGAAAUGAGAGGGCUUUCUCUAACAUGAGCUCACCGUCACGUGUGGAUCGAGUGAUAGGCUUCAUAUAAUCAUCCCUUUAAAAGUGCUGGCCUCCCCACUGUAAAUGGCAUGACCUUUUCAGGCAGUUCUAGACUACCAGAUUUGCUGAGAGAUUAACUACAAAGAGGGCAUUUGGGCAUACUGUUACUAUUUUCUAGUUUUUAGCUCUAUUAUCGAGGUUUUCUCCCAAAAUUGGGUUUCAUCCAAGCUCUUGGCUCUUUAGCAUGUUUUUCUUAAACAAUUUUGUCAAACAAAUUACCACCUCCAGUCUUCAGCAGAAUGUAAGAAUACUACCACUUAUUACACUUAGAAAUAUAUAUUAAAUUAUUGUAUACUUACAUGCAUCAUUGUUUUUAUUAAGCACUCAGUAUGUGUGCAGUGCAGUAUAAACAUUAAACAAGAUUAUUCUUCCCCUGGUGAAUUUGUCUGAAAGAGCUUCAUUUCAUAGAAAGGAGAAGUAAUAACAUACCAUUAAAACACGCCUUUAAUUUAAUCCCUUUUUGUUUCCUUGUGGUUAAUACUCCUUUGCUGUUGAUCAUGGCUGGUGUGCCCUGGCAUGUCAUGCAGUGCUAUUUAUGAUGUUACAGCCCCCAGUUGUCUACUCUACCCCUCUGCAAGAUGUUCUUGUUCAGUGUGAGUGGAAGAAGACAACAUAUGUCUGUGUUUCAGCUGCUGCGUACAAAGCCCAGCAGCAUAGCUGAAACCCACCUUUGAUAGUGCUCUACACUAAGACAUUGGUUGUUGUAUCAAAGCACGGUUUUCUUCUGCCACCUCAGCUUCCUGUCAGGACAGCUGGAAAUACUAAUGUCUUCAACAGCUGCACCAAGAUUUUUUGAAGCUCAUGUGUUAAAGCCCUGUAAGAACAGACGUUGCAAGAUGCAAAUGGAAACAGGGGCAUCCAAUUUUCCCUGAUGUCUGUUGGAUUUAGGUGCCUAGUUCACUUUUAUAUAUGUAUAGAAGCAUUAUUCUAGAGGACAAUUCUGUAGCCAAUGGGAUUUUUUAAGAGAUGGGAGCUUUCCUGGGCAGAGCACAUCACGUGGCUUGGACCAUAAAAGGAACUGAUACUCCCCAAGGGAAGCAGGACUCUUGAACUGAAGGAGUUGGCAGGUUAGGAUUUGACUAUGGCAGUGCGGUUCCUGCGGAAGGCAUCUGUGUGGUUAAAGAAGCGCAAGAUCACUUUGUUGGCCGUUUCUUGCAUGGGACUGUUUGGUGCUAACCUUUCCUAUCAUGUGUUUCCUGAUCAGACGUUCAAACUGUUGCAUGAGUGCUGGUCAGAGGGGCAGCCAGCUGAGCUUUCACAGAGGCUCUGUGGUGUCUUUCAGGAUGUCCUUCAAGAUACUGGCGUGAAGCCCGCUGACUCCUAUCAAGCCUUUGCAGCUUCUGGCUUCCACCCUGUGAGUGCUGGAAUCCCCUGGUUCCCUGCAGGCUCUUUUGUGGGCAUCCCGCCUAACUUUGAUAGCACAGCUGAGGAUAAAAAAGGAAUAGUCAACCAUGUUGUUGUCAUCAGUGGCAAGGAAGUAGACUGGGAGAGCAACGAAGGAGUUGCUUUGAAGGAAGCUCUGACGUUUUCUCUUGAAGCUCAGAAGUUUGCCCUUGCCAGAGAAGUUAUGUAUUUGCAGAACGGCAGCCCUUUAGCAAGUGCAGCUGUGGCUCCAACUUGCUUAGCUGGUACAUUUUUCUGUGGGAGAGGUAUAAAACUACUUCUGGGUUUGUCUUCUGGCCCCGUGUUACUUCGCGGCAUCUGUAACCUCGUAACUGCUGCUGUGGGACUGAUGUGCUAUUACGUUUCUUACGACGCUAUGACCUAUCACCUAGACUGCAAGGCUGACAGAAAGGCAGCUACUGUUUCCAAAGAGUACGCCAGAGGUGGGGUUGAAUUCUAUGAUAAAAUCUUGUCCCGCAACAGGAUCUUUCGCGGUCUGAUGGGCAAACAAGGGAUGAAAAUUUAUGCCCCGAGUGGUAACCUGUUCCCAAGGCACUGGUUCAGAAUAAAGUAUACCCCAUACACUUACCGAAGAGAUUUGAUUGUUAAUAUUUUAAGAGAGCUCCAGGCAUAGGGAGUGCUUGAAUUUUAAACCUGUGAAUUGUGUAUUCUCUUGGAACACUGCUGUGCUGCUUUUUUUUUUUUUUGUCCCCUGCUGUUUCUUCAUGAUUAGAAUUUCAGGGUUUAUUUUUGCAUAUAGCUCGAGCAAGUUAUUGCACAUUCUGUCAAUAAGGAAUUCUCUCUUAAAAUAUUAAAGACUCGCUUCAAAAGUGCUCUGUUCUGUGUGCAUCUCAAAUCACAAGAUCACUGAGGAGGGAAACUUCCCACACACUGAUCUGGAAGUUCUGCUGCCCUAUCAAGUCAUGAGAUGCAUCUUAGGUGCUUUCUGGCUGUAUGGCAUAAGCUUAUUAUUCUUGUGACUUUCAUGAAAAAGUUUGACAAAAUCUCCUAGCCUGUAUAGAAUAAAGGGAGACUUUACCUUUAGGCAGGGAGCUUUCAAAGCUUCAGGGUAAUUUUUUUUUGACUUUUCUUCCAGGUAAAUCCAAUAUAACUGGUGAAGAUAAAGGUUUUUUGGCUGGGUGAUGUAGUGGCUCAAGACUGAAAUAACAACUGUUUUGUAUAGCCUGUGAGUUCAAUUCAUCCUAAUGUUACUCCUUCAGAGAAAUCUAAACUCCAUUAAAUGUUCUCAGAGAGAAUUUGGCCCGCUUGUUUUAUGUGGUUGAACGAGCUGCUACUACAUAGAGAGUGCAGAGAGGAAACAGAGGAAUUUUUUGAGAUUUACAACAAGUAGCAGUUUAAACAAAAUUAAAUUAAUCUGCUUGCUUCUUACCACUCCUUACUGUUGCUUUUCAUUAAGGUGCCUGCAGCUAGUGCUGUUAUUUAACAUUCUCAGGUUGUAAAGUACCAGUGAUGCUAAUGUGUUUUGCAGUUGUGCACUUUGCUUUACUCUUACAGUGGGAUUCUCCAUGAAGCUCCACAUAUCUCUAAAUGCCGUGUCUGGUUUACCCUUAUUUGAACUUGCUGUGGCAUGUUGGUGUCAGUAAGGGGGGGCUGGCUAGUAUUAAUUCACAUACCCUUGCCUUCCAAAGAGAUGUUCUUGCCAAGGGCUUAUGCACCUCCAUCACUAUAUAGUCAAGCUCCUAUUCUGUUGCCAUCUGUGUAAUCUGGAAGCAUAGUACUGUCAAUAUAAGGGAAAUUGCAGUUGAAUUUGCAACUGCUAAUUAAGGUUUUCCUGAACUUUGGGAACAUAUGGGUUGUCCUGGAAAAGGUUUGUAUUGUGUAUGCAUUGCCACUUAAUUGUUGGUUGCAAGAUCACCCAUGCUAUUGGGCAAGUAAGAAUAGCACAACUCAAAUACAUGGCCAUGGGAAUACUCAUGCAGUCUCAUAACAUUGCAAAUGUUCUUCUGGAACUUCCACUGAAAUAAAAUUAGGAGUUCCCCAUACUGGUGACAGAAAUGGUCUAGUUUUGAAAGUAAAAUAGAAGCAAGCAGCCCAGAAUUAAAGGCGAAAACAUCAUGCUCUUCCAUGCUAAGAACAGUCUUAUGUGGAAAAACAAGUUCAUGCCAUGGCCCGGAAGAGCCCAAGUGAAUCAGUUUGUAAAUAGUGUCAGUGAACAGCCUUACAGUCUCCCCCAGUUCUGAAGCUAAAACUCUGAGGAGUUUAGAAAACUUGUUUUAGUAGUAACUGGCUUCUCUUGCACUGCUCAGAUGAGGCAGAUUUCAUACAUUUUUUUUGUGUAGAAAAGCAACAGAAAAUGUUCCAGGAAUUGCUAGGAGAAAUGGAUAUAAGAAGUCUAAGCCAAGAAACUGUAAAAGCAAAGGUGUGAAUGAAAUAAUGAACUCUCAUAAAGAUGGGUAUUGUCUACAAAAAUGAAACUCUGUCUGGUAAAGUGAUUAAAGGAUGAAGUAUGAGUAGCAAAUAACCAAAAUGAGUUGCCAGUUUUAAUUUAUACACAAUCUAUUUUAAAGAGAGAUUUCCUUGACUCAUUUGUUUACAUUAUCGUGAAUUUUCUAGGUAAAAGGAAAUUAUCCUUGUAACUAAAUUUUUACAUAAAUGUAAUGCUUGUUGUUACAUAAAGCUUUAGUGGAUAAUGCUGCAAGAGGCAAAAGCUACCUAGGUGCUUUGCUCAGAAUUCCCACUGACGUGCAAUAAAUGCAGGGUCUGGCUCACGUUU